AUGAUAAACCUACUUCUUAGCAACCUAGGUCAACAUGAAUAAAAUAUAUAAAUAAACCUAAUCAUCACAAUUAUUUACUUCCACAAGUUUAAACUUUACAAAGUUAUAAAAACUAAUUUUGCUAUUAUUAAAUAUGGGAACAAUUAUACUGCUCUCGCUUGUAGGGUACGCGUUAACAUUUGAAACACAAAACUGGAUGAGUGAAGUUGAUGGAAAUAAGAAACUUAGUCAAUUAGCCAUUCCUGGAACUCACGAUUCUGGAGCAUACGAUACACCUGGAGAUGUCGGAGAAGCUCAAGAUUGGAAUAUAAUGCAGCAGUUAGAGAAUGGGAUUCGAUUUCUUGAUAUUCGUCUUAGCAUUAAUGGUGUAAGUAAUGACUUUGAAAUUCGACAUGGAGCACUAAAGUUAGGUAGCUUUAAUAACUUGGUGAUGAACAAUGUAAACAACUUUCUAAAUAGAAACCCACGUGAAACUAUUCUAAUGUCUAUUAAAAAUGAGGAUAAUAUAGAUAAACUAAGACUUGUAAGAGAUUACCUUCGAAACUAUAAUCAUAAAUUCUAUCAAAACCCAGUUACACCGUCUACAAAAUUGGAUGAAGUUCGUGGUAAAGUAGUUCUUUUCAACCGUUACGACAAUGACAAUAGUAUGGGGAUUUUAUGGGAUUCCAUUAAACCCAACAUACAAGAUGAAUACAAUUUGGACACAGAAUGCAAACCUAUAAUUGGUUGCGGACCUUUGAUUGGCUUGGAUUAUCCAAAAAAAGCGCGUCUAGUUACACAAAACUUGGAAAUUGCAAAACAAAAUUAUGGAAAAAACAUUUUUUAUAUCAACUUUGCAAGCGCAAAUUGGAAUGGAAUUUACAUUGGGAACAGCGCAAAAGUUUCUAAUGAAGCAGUCAAAAAUUUUUUUGAUUCUAAUAUAAAAGUUGGAGUCAUUGUACCUAUGGAUUACCCAAACCGUCAACCUGGUCUUAUUUUGAGCAUGAUACAUGAUUCAAUAUAUGAUGCAAAUAUAAUUAUGAGCACACAAAAUGAUGGAAUUUUUGGCACCUGGGGAGAAAAACAAAUGUGUCCACCUAACCAGUAUGUAUAUGCCAUGAGACUUCGAAGUGAACCUAAUCAAGGUAGUGGUGAUGACACUGCUUUAAAUGCUGUUGAACUAUUUUGCAAUAAUAAACAGGGGCAGAGCUACACAGCUAUUUCAAGUAAACAGGGACCGUAUGGAUUGUGGUCUCCUAACGUAUAUUGCUCCUCGUUUUCUGACCCAGUAGUAGGGUAUAAUCUUUUAAUUGAACCAGCGCAAGGAAGUGGUGACGACACCGGUGCUAACAACCUUGUUUUAUAUUGCAAUGGAGGAACUUCAUUAACUGCAAAUGUUUAUACAAACUAUGGUGCGUGGCAACCCGUAAACCGUUGUCCUUAUGGAAUGGCUGUUGUAGGUUUAAUCACACGUGUAGAAGAUAACCAAGGUGAUAAUGACGAUACAGCUUUAAAUGGAGUUAGAAUGUUUUGCAAACCAUUCUAAGCUUUAGUAAAGCUCAAUCAAAAAUGCUAAGAUAGCUCAGAAACCUGAAAACUUUACAUUUGUAUUCAUACUAUUUAAAUAAUAAAAUUCUUAAAAAAAUA